GAAUGAAGCUGGAGGUGUUUUAGAUGACACACUACCUAACCUUCCCUGUGGCUAUGUUCUGGAUUGCCAAUCAGGUCAGGUGGUUUGAGGACUAUGUCAUACAGCACAAGAGGGAGCUGUGGCAACCUGAGAAGGAGGACCAGCAUGGAGAGCUAGAAGAAUUCAGACAGGAUAUGAAGUAG